AGCAAUUGACCAGUCUCGGAGGACUCCUGAUGAGACUAACCUGUAAUGUAAGAUUAAGAGAAGAGAUGAGGGAAGAGAGGAAGGGAGAAGAAGGAAAAGAGAGGCGUUACGUGGAGAAGGGAGAAAAAAGCAUCAUAACCUGAGCUACACUAUGACUGCUGGUGAUGAAGUUGAAGAUUUGUUCAUCUUGUUAAACGAAGUAAAACGACAAAUACCCUCGAUCACAGCAGUAUCUUCUGGCGCGAUUGCAUCUGAUUAUCAAAGAUUACGGGUGGAAAGUGUAUGUUCGAGGUUAGGGCUCAUUUCUCUGGCAUAUUUAUGGAAGCAAGAUCAGUCAUUUCUCCUUCAAGAAAUGAUAAGAAAAGGAAUUGUGGCCAUCAUUGUAAAGAAUGCUCAAAUUGUGCUAGAUGAAUUCAACAUUGUAUUGCACUCCUCAGAUUCUAUCGCUCCUGUUGGGAUCCUUCAUACCAUGGCAUUCCAUUUGGAAAGUAAGCUGGGGACUGAAUCUUUAUGUGAUAGUGGUGGAAGCAAUGGCAUAUUUCUUGAGAAGAUGGAUGCAGUAUGCGAAGUGCUGGGGGACUGCCUACAAAGAUGUGAGGUGGAGUGCCAAUCUGUUGAUGACUUGGCUAAAGUUACUGAGCACAAACUUCACAUUUCAAAAACAAAAAAGGAUAAUAUAUUUUCCAUAUCUUGCUGGUUGCAAGAUGCAUGCAAAACUUCAUCAGAUUUGCAAGAGGAUUUGAGGGUUGUUCUAAUGAAGAUUGAAUUACAACUUUCAGAAUAUAGAUUCUCUUGGGAGAACGUUAUCUAUAUUCAUUUAUAUAUAGCUGAUAUGAGUGAGUUUGCAGUGGCAAAUGAAACAUAUGUGAGAUUUAUUACACAGGAGAAGUGCCAGUUUGGGGUUCCAUCCCGCAGUACAAUUGAACUUCCCCUAUUGCAAGUUGGUUUAGGGAGGGCAUAUAUUGAAGUCCUGGUGGCAAAUGAUCAAAGCAAAAGAGUUUUGCAUGUACAAAGUAUCUCCUGCUGGGCUCCUAGUUGCAUCGGACCGUAUAGCCAGGCAACUUUGCACCGGGAGGUACUUCACAUGGCUGGGCAGUUGGGGCUUGACCCUCCAACAAUGUUGCUCUGUAGUGGAGGUCCUACUGCUGAGCUUGAACUAGCACUACAAAACAGUGAAGCUGUGGCAAAAUGCUUUCACUGUUCAAUAUCUACCUCUGCCAUUCUCUUCACCAUUUACUGUUCGGCAUAUAUUCCUUCUUCAGACAGAAUCACUAUUCAGGACAAGCUGGACACAUUCCUGAAACAAAUGAAGUUACUAAAUUUAUGUGGUGAAAACAAGACUGAAGUGAUUGAUUCUAUUGUUUUAUAUGUCCUUGUGCCUGAUUUGCCAAAGAGAGCUUCUGUAGAAGUAAAGCCUGUGCUUUAUGCAGCGGAUGAUACUGAAACCGAGACUGAUUUUGUUACCCAAGAUCUAUCUAUUGAAACAGCACAAAGUUAUUGGGGUUUUGGUCAUGAAGACUGGCAUGAUUCUUGCUUCCAGAAAUGUAUUAUUCAUGGAAAAAUAUGUGCAGCCGUCCUAUCUAUUACGGAUGAACUUGCUGCGAAAAUCUGUUCUGAGUGUGCAGGUGAAAAUCAGGAAGUUUGUCCAAUUUACCGCACAGAGAGACAAAUGGACAGAUUAGCAAGGUUUUGCAUUUUUCUUAUUGAUGGAUUCCUUUCAGAGAACCACUUCUCUUGGAAUGAUGUAACGAAUUUGAGGCUCUAUUACCCAACAAGUCUACAAGUGUCUCAUGAAUCAUUGUCGCUGAUUUUCACGGCUGCAUUCAAUGAAUUUGUUGAAAUGUUUCAGAGAAUUCAGAUAAGUGAGGAGGAGGAACCAAUUUUCAACCUUGUUCCUGUCUCAGGGGCUGGGAGGUCUGCAACAUCUACUGAUGACAUAAUUACAUGCGAAUUAUUUGCCCGGAAGACAUCUGCACCCCUGCUCUCUCCCCAUUAGCUUUUUAUGCAAAAAUCAGAAACCACCAGCAAUGGAAAAUAUUUAUAGAGAAAACCACCCCUUCAUGCUAGUUUGCCUUUUGUUACAAGUUUAUUCUUACAAUCUCUUCACCUUAUCAUCACUAU